GACUAGCUUGAAGAAGAGAAGCAAACAAAACAUUCUGAGCCUGGGACUGAUCAACUGCCCCUGUUCACAGUAGGAGUCCAACACAAACACCUGAAAACAUGGUGGUAGACCUUCCCAGGCACCUUCCUCUCCUAUUGUUGCUGGGGCUGUGGGAGCCGAUGUGUCUACUUUGCACUCAGCCUAAGGGUCUCUCCAAGGCGCACUGGUUUGAAAUUCAGCACAUACAGACAAGUCCUCAGCAAUGCAAUACAGCCAUGCGCGGCGUCAACAAUUAUACCCGACACUGUAAACAGAAAAACACCUUUCUGCAUGAAUCUUUCCAGAAUGUGGCUGCUACCUGCGGUUUGCGCAAUAUCACCUGCAAGAACGGUCGGAAGAACUGCCACGAGAGUGCAAAACCUGUCAAAAUGACUGACUGCUCACACACUGGAGCAGCCUAUCCUAACUGCUGCUACAGUAGUGCUGUACAAUACAAAUUCUUCAUUGUGGCCUGUGAACACCCAAAGAAGGCGGACCCUCCCUACCGAUUGGUGCCUGUGCACUUAGAUAAGAUUGUGUAAGGCUAGGUCUUUUCCUCUGUUUGACACAGGUUCUCUUACAGUUUAUUCAACUUUGCCUUUUGUUCCCACAGAAACGAGAAGAUGCUGGAAGAAUUAAGAUGCCUAAGCUAUCAAAAUGGGGUAAAAAAAUAAGAGUGCAUGGGUAGCUCAAUAAAUGAGCACUUGCUUAGUGCACAGUGGUCCCUGGGUUCAAUCAUCAUACCACCCCCCACCAAAAAAAAAAGAAAGAAAGAGAGAAAGAAAGAAAGAAAGAAAGAAAGAAAGGAAGGAAGGAAGGAAGGAAGGAAGGAAGGAAGGAAAAGAUUAUUUUCUGCUCAGGGGUUACCUUUGUUAAGGAGGAAUAUAAGAAAAGUAUAAAGAAGGUCCAAGAUGCUGAACAAUUUAUCCUGCAAUUUUUUGGGUCAAGCUUUAUUGUACUAUGCUCAUAGGAAAAAAAAUCUUUUUUGAUAUAAUGAGUGUGAAUUUUUGCUGGGUUGUUUGUUUGCUUGUUUGUUGUUUUAACAGGGUCUGAUUUGGUCAGGGUGGGCUCAACACCACUAUGUAGCGAAGAAUGGUUAUCAAUUCAUAUUAAACCCUGCUGCCUUCUCUUA